GAUUAGCUGAUUUAUUUAUUGAUAGGAAUUAAUUCUCGAAUAGAAUGAAGUUCUAGAUGCGGAGUAAUUCAAUCUGGUCAGCAGACCUACGAUCAUUUGACUACAGCAAUCGGUUCUAGUUCUAUAAGAACUGCACCCAAUUCUACAUGACACAAAACUGCGAGGUAACAUGUAGGUACACACAUUCCGACCCGUUGGCAUCAUGGCAAUCUUCCAUAUUAUUCUCUUGAAAUUCAAGGACCUUGUUACCCCUGAAGAGGCUAAGGCUGCGUGUGAACGCAUGCUCGCCUUGGGGAACAACUGCAUUCACCCUACAACCCAGAAACCGUACGUGAAAGUGAUUGGUGGAGGAAAAGAUAACAGCCCAGGUGGUAGACAGAACGGAAUGACGCACGCGUUCAUUACACAGUUUGACAAUGAGGAAGAUCGAAAGUACUAUGCCGAAAAGGACCCCGCUCACUUUGAGUAUAUCGCCAGUGUCAAAGAUCUCCUCGAAAAGAUUCAGGUUGUCGACUUUACCCCUGACGUAUUUUAAAAAGUACUCACUGUUCAUUUGGGUACAUCCGUUUUCACCCUUUCCAAAUUGAGGGUUGGGGAAGAUGGGGGAAGACAUAAUGACGUCGCUUGAUAACAGAAUUAGGUAUAGAUACGUUGCUUGUGAUAUUCCAAACAAGAACUAUCUUAAUCCAAUACAACACAACCCAUAAUGAAAAUAA